AUCCUAGACUAAAAUAUCGAUCCCCUUUUGGCAUACGAAAAGUUCAUGAAAAUUUGUCUGAAGCCGCGUUGAGGCUCGAGCCAUGGUUGGGCGCAAUAAGGGGGGGCGAGAAGAUCCUUCAAAGGACAACAAAUCCUUCAGCCAGUCUCGCUCCAACGACGAAGAGAAAAUGCAAAUGUCGAUGGAGGAGCUGCGCAGGCGCCUGGAAAACGAAAACGUGGCCAAUGCACAGGUCGAUGAGCAGCUUCAGGACGAUUUCCAGCGUUGGAAGGACAUUUUAAUGGUGCGCUGGGUCAUGUACGAGGAGCAGCGGAAGUACAAUAUGCGCUGCCAGGGCAAAAGCAAAGGGCGCGACGCCACCAUCUGGCGCAUACUGUCGAUGGUGCAGCAGGAGCUGGAGGAGAAGCUGCAAAUGGAGAAAAUUCUGGGCUCUUGCAGGCGCUUUCCCUCGCCCAUGGCUCUUAUGGAUGACGAACGUUCGGUGGGUGACAAUCUGCAGGUGCUCGAGCCGGUGCGGGAUGUACUGAGUGGCAGGGGAGGCAGCAUUAUGUGGGAGGAGCCGCCAACGGAGCAGCAAUCUUCUGUAAGGGUUAGCGGAAUGGGACAGCAAUAUAAACCAGAGGAACCAUGGGACAUGCAGGAUGAAUGCACUUGCACGGCAUGUGUGUCGCGCAGGCGGCAGGAAAAGUAUCAGCAGCCCCAAGCAAGUACCCACCGAAAGGUAAAGAAUGAAUCCAGAGCCAAUCCGUGUUCGUGUCUGUCUAAGGAGCCAAAUCAAAUGAACGAACAGUCCCAGCCAAUGUCUUUUUUUGUGGAGCAAGUGAAGAGCCAACCAAGGCAGUCGCAGCAUAGCCCUGACUGCACCUGCCCGAGUGUCGCAAUCGGGGAAGGAACGAGACAGCCGGAGUCACCAAAGUCACCGUCAAGGUCCACGUUUAGUGCCAGUUUUGGGUGCCAGUUCCAUGGUGAUCCUGAGCAACAUUUGGGCCCCAGGAGAACCGACUUUCUGAAGAAGUUCAAUAAGAUAACGAAGCUCAAUAAGUCGGGCAUGCUGGUGCCGGCCAGUGCCUUGCUGGAGCUCGCCGGGGAGCUGCCACAGAAUGUGGGCCGAGCAGCCACCUGGACCUGCCACAAACUCCCAGCCCAGCAGUUGCACAACGUUGGGAAGGUGCCGCUGAAAAGCCACGAAACGGUAAAGUGCAUGCCACAACGUCCACGACGCAUUCGAGAGGACCCAAACGAUUCCCUGCUGGUCUAUGUGAAUGAAAAAUUCGAUGUGGAUGCCCAGUCCGGGAUGGGCAACUCCGACUUGACCUCCUAUUACAGCGCCAUUGAGUUGCAGCCCAAGCAGGAACCAGAGCCUAAAACCCAACUGGGAUACUGUCCGCUGUGCGACAAGCGGCACCUGCGUAUGCCACCGCCCUUUUGAGUGGUUUCUCGACCCCUACCAACAGCGGCUUCACAGUGAAAAUAAAGCAAAAAGGUCUAGCCGAAAAA